CCACUGAGCAGUGGCGUUUGCAGACACCAAAACUGGAUUACGACCUAGCCCAUUUGAUCUUCCGUCGCCUGAACUUCCAUGCUCCAGCAACUAGACUGAAACUGACAGUGGGAUAUGGGAGGGGUCUGCUUUUGCUGCCAGGUGAAAUUUAUCAUUGCUGAUCUGUUUUCUACCAGAUCUCCAGGUUCAUUAAUACUUCCUUCUUGCUCACUAACAUCUCUCAUCUCCACAUUGUCAAGCCAACUCGCACGACCGAGAAAAACCCGUCGUUCAAACAUGAUGGGAACCAUGAAUGAAUCCUAUAUUCUAGUGCCUGGCUUUGACUACCACUGGUCAUAUGCAACGAACCCGGGAAAUAUCGUCGCUGACUGGCGAGAACCAACUAAGAUCCUCAGCAGCCCCACAGAGCCUCCCAUCCUCGUAUUACGCACGGACGUCGAGGGCAUGUUGAAGAGUGACCACGACCUUACCACACUCCAUGGGCAAAUUUGGACGAGAUUCCUGCGCUUCGCCGAUACCGCUGUCGGUGGUGGAAGCACUCUGCUUGACCCUGCGAAUUACUCCUACGACCGGCUGGACAGCAUCCAAUUACAGCAUUACCCUACUAAUGAGGAGGCCACGGAGCGCAGCUUACACCCGGAAGUACAGAGUGUGAUGCGAAGCGGGUUUGGCCGGACGUCGGUGUUCAUGAUCACGGGCAUCAAGAUUGCCUUCGGAUUCAAGAUGAGAAAGCCUUCUCUCGAGCGCCGGGAGACGAAGGCGACUAUAACAGCACGCCUUCUUGGCACGGAAGCAAACUCGGGCUCUGAGGCUGAGGCGAUCGUUGGUCGGAAUGAGGAGUGGCAAGCUCCCGUCGACCUCAUUUACGCCUACGAGGUUAGCACGAUCCACUUCGAGGAGUGCCUGUCUGGGCCCUGCCAGAUUCAUCCCCACGUUCCGAGGGCUGGAGCCAGCUUGAUGCAUGAUAAGGAGGGGAAACAGAGGGCUGAGACAGCGGACGACUGCGCGGCGUACCUGGAGAACUUGCGGGAGAGAGCAGCAGAUGUGUUCUGGGCAGAGCAGGAGGGCUUGCGGGACAUGGCAGGAGAAACGGAUGUAGAGGUUGUAGAGUUGACGGACGGAGCAGAGAAGUGCGACGUGGUCAUGUUCAACACCGUCUAGGUUGUCUGGAUCCAACUAUUCGCUUGUCUAUUGCGCUGACCAGGGGUUCUCUCAGCGUGAUAUUCAUUUCCUUCCUGCCUUGACUAAAAUGGAUUAGUCUCCAUAUAAACGAAAUUGCCAUUAC